AUGACCAUCAUCAUGACCAUACGCUGUGCUUAUGCCAUAUGCAUCCUACAAAAACGGAGGGGCAGUAUCGAGGAGGAUGAACGUGCCCUCGGUUCUAAUUGCUCCUCCUCUCAGAUCUUAAUUGUUAAUCGUUUCGAGAUUUGUCAUCUGGGAGGACCUGAAUUGGUGUUAGAUUGGUCGCCAUCGAGGGAUCCGAUGUUUUCCUGA